UGAUUCUUGACCGUCACUUCGAGGCGAUGAAGGCACAUGUGAAGGCGGGCAACUCCGUUGCGAAGGAGCGAUGGGACGCAAUCGAGAACGCAUGGGGGCUGAAGCAGACGGGUGUCUUCAACGAAGAAGAGUGGAUCACGCAGAUUGAUGGAGAGGCCCAGGGUAUUACCAGCAGCACCCGUCCGUCGUUUUUAACGCCACAAGAUG